CAGCAAGACCUCUCUAGCCAUUCACAGAUCCAUCAAAAACCAAAGCAAUCUCUUCCAUUAGCUCAUCAGCUCCAGAAUUACAUCUUGCUCGAUCUUUUUAUCUCAGCGCCUUCUAAGUUCUUACAUUAAGAUCAUGUCUGAGGACAAUCUUCGUGACGCUCGUCCUGAACUGGAUAUUUAUCAGUUUGGUUAUCCAAGGUGUGAUACGGCAGAUUCCAUGGCAUCAAGCUCCAAUGAUUCUCCUUUUUUAGGCACAUAUGACGAUUUGUCACUGUUGGAAAGUGGUCUGUACGAGCAGAAGUAUGGUGAUAUUAGUGAUAAAUUCUAUAGAAAUCAGGACAAGGCAUGGGAGUCCAUUGAUUCAAGGUUCCUCAUGUUGCUGGAAUUCUUUAGAGAACUGUUCUUUCGAAGAAGGGAAGUUUUCAAGAAAUUAUUUCCAGAGUUACAUGAUGAGUUUCUGGGGAUGUUCAAGAGAAUUGGUAACAUCAAUUUAUACGUAGAGAAACCUGGUGAAUUCAAGACUAGGGCAUUAUGCUUGCAAAGGAGCUUGAGUGUUGGCUCACCAAGAACACCUUCGAGAAAUGGAGGUGAAUCGCCAUUAAGGCUCGAGAGGUUCAAGGUUCGCACGGUGGUUCCUGGCGGCGGUGGCCAAGGUGACAGAGGUGCUUCUAAUUAAAUCCACAUAGACUGGUCCAUGAUUUGUUGCAAAGCUUG